AUGCAAGAUACACGUUUAAUACAACUGGAUACAGCAAUACAAAUGGAAUUAUGGCAGGAAGCAUACAGAAGUGCGGAAGAUGUUCAUGGUAUGAUGCAACUAAGCAAGGAUAAAGAUGAACGCAUGGUUAAACCAGCAAGUUACGUCAAUUACUAUGAUAAGGGGGAUCGCACGCAUCCCAUUUCCUACCGUCAAAAAGGACGUCGAAUUAAAUUUCCACGAUUAUGCGUGGAACCGACCAAAAAAGAAAAUAUUGGCCAUAUAUCUGGUUUCUGA